UUUAAGAAAAAACGCUGGUGACAAAAUAAAACAUGAAUUUUGUCAUGAAGUUUCGCAGGCAUUUGCGUAGGAUGGUGAUAUUACUGGCUGCGUUUUGCAUGGUGAGUGUGCUCAUAUCAGCUUACUAUCUGUAUACUGGCUACAAGCAAGAGCUUGAACUUUCCAAGCCAACUGCAGAACAAGAAUGUGGAGACACCAAACUUUCACCCUACCGAUUAUUUGAGAUGAAGACGGCAAAACCUAUUGACACGUCCAGAGCAGAACCCAUGGUCCUCGUAUUUGUUGAGAGUCAAUACUCCCAACUCGGGCAGGAGAUAGUGGCUGUUUUAGAGUCAAGCCAUUUCAAACAUCACUCUGAGAUUGCUCCAGGCAAAGGUGACAUGCCAGCCCUUACAGAUAAAGAUAGAGGGAGAUACACCCUCAUUAUAUACGAAAAUAUUUUAAAGUAUGUGAAUAUGGAUUCCUGGAACAGAGCACUCCUGGAUAAAUACUGUGUGGAGUACAAUGUCGGCAUCAUAGGAUUUCACAAAGCUAAUGAGAACAGUUUGCUGAGUGCACAGUUAAAAGGUUUCCCAUUGAAUCUGCACACCAACCUGGUCCUCAAGGACUGCUGCAUUAACCCUCGCUCCCCAUUGCUGCAGAUCACCAAAGCUAAAGAGAUUGAGAGAGGCACUCUGCCCGGAGACGACUGGACCGUUUUCCAGUCCAACCAUUCCACCUAUGAACCUGUGUUGCUGGCCAAAACCAGGUCAGCCGAAAACAUCCCCCAUCUGAUCUCUGAUGAAGUUCUGCACGCUACCGUUGUCCAGGAUCUGGGCUUACAUGAUGGCAUCCAGCGAGUCCUCUUUGGAAACAACCUGAACUUUUGGCUGCACAAACUUAUUUUUGUCGACGCGAUUUCUUUCCUGUCGGGGAAGAAGCUGUCGCUUUCCCUGGAGAGGUACAUUCUCGUGGAUGUGGACGACAUUUUCGUUGGGAAGGGAGGAACGAGGAUGAACGUCAAUGAUGUGAAGGCACUACUUGAAACUCAAAGCCUACUGCGAGCUCAGGUUCCCAACUUCACCUUUAACCUUGGAUUUUCCGGAAAAUUCUACCACACAGGAACGGAUUCAGAGGAUGAAGGUGAUGAUCUGCUGCUAAAGUCUGUGAAUGAGUUUUGGUGGUUCCCCCACAUGUGGAGCCACAUGCAACCCCACCUCUUCCACAACGAGUCAGUGCUAGCAGAGCAGAUGAUUUUGAACAAAGAGUUUGCUUUGGAACAUGGGAUCCCCAUCCACAUGGGCUAUGCCGUGGCCCCGCAUCACUCUGGCGUUUAUCCGGUCCAUAUGCAGCUGUACGAGGCUUGGAAGAAGGUGUGGGGCAUCAAAGUGACCAGCACUGAAGAGUAUCCACAUUUGAAGCCUGCGCGGUACAGACAUGGCUUCAUCCACAAUGGCAUCAUGGUACUCCCACGACAGACCUGUGGCCUCUUUACACACACAAUAUUCUACAAAGAGUACCCCGGAGGCCCAAGAGAACUGGACAAAAGUAUCAAGGGAGGAGAGCUGUUCCUUACUGUUCUCCUGAAUCCAAUCAGUAUCUUCAUGACACAUUUAUCCAACUAUGGAAAUGAUAGACUGGGGCUCUAUACGUUUGUGAAUUUGGCCAAUUUUGUUCACUGCUGGACGAACCUGAAGCUUCAGACACUACCCCCUGUUCAGCUGGCUCAGAAGUACUUUGAGCUCUUUCCUGAACAAAAAGAGCCACUCUGGCAGAAUCCAUGUGAUGACAAGCGACACAAGGACAUCUGGUCUAAAGAAAAAACCUGUGAUCGUUUGCCAAAAUUUCUGGUCAUUGGACCUCAAAAAACUGGAACCACGGCUUUGUACUUAUUCCUAAUAAUGCAUCCGGCCAUCACCAGUAAUUUCCCCAGUCCAAAGACCUUUGAAGAAGUGCAGUUCUUCAAUGGAAACACUUAUCACAAGGGAAUUGACUGGUACAUGAAUUUCUUCCCUGCCCCUUCUAAUGUGACUACGGACUUUUUGUUUGAGAAAAGCGCAAACUACUUUCACUCAGAGGAUGCUCCAAAGCGGGCAGAUGCUCUCUUACCAAAGGCAAAAAUAAUCACCAUUCUCAUCAACCCGUCAGACCGGGCCUACUCCUGGUACCAGCACCAGAGAGCCCAUGAGGACCAUGCUGCUCUUAAGUACAGCUUUUACGAGGUGAUCACAGCGGGUCGCCAUGCCAUGCCCGAGCUGCGGACUCUUCACAAUCGUUGUCUGGUACCCGGAUGGUACGCGACUCAUAUCGAUCGAUGGCUGGCAUACUACCCCUCUGGCCAGUUACUUAUUAUAGACGGCCAUAAGCUGAGGACGGAUCCUGCUGCUGUAAUGGAUGAGGUUCAGAAAUUUCUUGGAGUUUCCCAGUACUACAAUUACUCUCAGGCACUGACAUUUGAUCCACAAAAAGGUUUCUGGUGCCAGUUGCUUGAAGGAGGGAAGACAAAGUGCCUCGGAAAGAGCAAAGGCAGAAAAUACCCAGCAAUGGAUAUGGAGUCCAGAACAUUCCUAUCAAGAUACUACAAGGACCACAAUAUUGAACUGUCAAAGCUGCUGUACAGACUGGGUCUGCCGUUACCGUCCUGGCUGAGAGAAGAGCUCCAGAAAGUGAUGAGAUAAUUCUCGUUGGAAAACUGGGAAUGAAUUCCAAUUUUCUCAAAUCAAUGCCGACAAACAGUCCCCCCAAACUAGGAGUGGCCUCCAUAAAAAGGACUUUCAAUUAUACCUCUACAAACAGAACGCAUUCUUUAAUCUCUCCAUGUGCAGGCAUGUGGU